AAAAUAAAUUAUUUUGAGAGAGAAGAAGAAAGGAACUGAUCAUCAUCGUGUAGAUCGAGAGAGAAAGCAAUCAAUCAUAUCAUCAAUGGCAGCAGUAACAGCGGCAGUGAUAGCAAUAGCGGGAGUGAUAUUAGGAUGGAUAGCAAUCGAGAUCGCUUGCAAGCCUUGCCUUGAGAGAGGCCGUGAAGCCAUCGACCGAUCCCUUAACCCCGAUUACGACCCUGACGAGGAUAUCCGAGCUCCUCUCAACACAAACCCAGAUCCCCAGUCUCCCCCCGGUAUUUCUUCAACUCAAACCCUUAAAUGAUCGCUUCAAAAUACGAGAAUUGGGUGUGUUUUUCGUACUUGAUUAUAGGUGAUUUUACUUUCUUGCUCUUUGUCCAAGGUGAUUUCGCCAUUGUUAUGUUUGAACUUUGAAUGAAUGAAUAUGGUGCUGUUGAUUUAUUACGA